AUGUCUUUUGAAGUCGAAAUAAUUAGCCACCUACCUGUCGAACUUCUGCUCUGUGUUUCAGCAUAUCUUGACCUCGAGGAUCUCAUGAGAGCCCGUUCCGUCAGUCGCCAUUGGCGCAGAGCAUUUUCAAACCCGGACUUCUGUGACGGCAUUGCCAGGUGGUACUUCCGGCCUACCUGGGAAAAUAUCCAUGGAGGUACAGAUCCCGACGAACUAAACGACAAAAAGCAGGCUUUUGUUGAUUUGCUCCCACGUGUUGCAUCCAAGAGAAUCCGGAGGCUGCGCGGCAAAUACUCUUCGAUAUCUGCGGAUUCUUAUGCAAUUCCCAAUUACACGACGUCAUUUAGGAAUACUAAUCGGCAAUACUGUAAUGGAAGGGUUGCUUACAAUAAGGACCCCGAAUCUAUCUUGGUUAAAAAUCUCCUCACAAAUCUGGCAAUCGUCAUAACGGAAGAAAAUCGUAUCAAACUGGAACACUGGCUGCUCUCAGAUCAGUUCGUGAUAGCUUGGACAGUCAAUCCCAUUACCCUCCUUACAUGGCGGAUUGGCAAUCCGCUUGAUGGUCUUGCGAGUAGUAAGAUACGCCUCCCAAGCGGAAUUCGACAUAUAUCAGCAUGCCAUGACCAGGUUGGAAUUAUCACAGCAGCAAACGAAGUCAUGGUGUGGAAAAUUGGCGGAGCGCUUAGGUCACUCGACAUUUCCAAGGUGGUUGACAGCCUGAAGGGGUCCAAGAUAAACAUGCUCGCCUUAAAAUUCCAUCCUGGCAACCAGGGGCAUAUCUUCGUUAUAUUCGCUUGUGUAACGGAAGAACCGACCGACAACGAAAUGAGUAUGGGCAAAAUCGUGAUUCAAGACUUCUUUGAACGGACCCCGGGAGUUUGUUAUCAGUUUGAUUAUCGUGGUUCGCCACGAUGUAAUCAGACCUACCCGAAGAUAAUUGACCUAGAGGAUGGGGCGAUUGGUUGCGUGUUCACGGGCAUAGUUUCUGACAGCUCAUGUUCUGGGUUUGAACAGGUCCAAUUGCUCACAGUCCCCCCAUGCGGCCACGAGAAGCCAUUCGAGGGCAAACCCAAAACUUACACAACUCAGGUGGUCGUAAAAUUCGAUAUCUAUACAAGGAAGUUUAGUUCGUCUUGCCAUCAUCAUCCUAACGUUGUCAAUCAGGUGUGGUGCAACCAGGCUGGUACGGGCAUAGAUUUUUGCUGGAGGGACCAAGUCGUACUUCUCGUGCAGGAUAAAUCUUGGGAGCCAUUCAGAGGAAUUGAUCCCCCCCCUAUGCUCGCAAUCACCAUCGACUGCUGCACAAAUGCACCAUUCGUCCCGAUCGCAAGGCCCUUUCCUGUGUCACAGGAUUAUUGGCACCUAGCCGAUGCAAUAGGGCAAGCUAAUACAAUAAGGAGUUGGGGAUCCCCAGAGUUUAAUUAUAUAAUACGGGGAGAUGAUGAUUUCUUGGUACUUUUUGGGAUUGACGGCUAUGCAGUUUGGUGUUUUGAUGAUGAUGUACAGCUUCCUCCAUUGCGAGGUCAGGCAGUUUCAAGUGGCACGGAGGAGAUUUAA